AUGUGGGCACGACUAAAGAAGUACAUUGACGAGCAUAUCUACCCGGUCGUGGUGCAGAUGGCCCAAGCGCGUGGUCAUCAUAUCGUGUAUGCCGCGCCAGGCUUCUCCGAGCUGCAGCCCAUCGAGCUGAUCUGGGCGAACGUCAAGGGCACCGUUGGCCGAGCCUAUACGAACAGACACAACAUUUCAAGAUGUAUACAAGCGCCUCGACAAUGUAUUCUAUCACCUGGACUCCGAGACCAUCAAGGCCACGAUCGAGAACUCGAAACCAAGCUCAUUGCGCUUGAAAAAGCACUCCGCCAGGCGGAAGGGGCGGCUGCCUCUAUUGUAUCAGACGUACCGAUUCGACGAUUUACGUCCAAACGUCACAUCGUCAAAGUGAUGUUCUUGACGGCGGUUGCGCGGGUUCGGUAUGAUGCGAGGAAGAAGGCGAUGUGGAACGGCAAGAUUGGGAUGUGGCCGUUUGUGUCCAUGGUUCCGGCGCAGCGCAAAAGCAAGAACCGUGAACGGGGUACAAUGGUGACGACUCCCCUGACAGUAACGAAGCCCAUUUACCGCCAAUUCCUGGUGGACCACGUAAGCAUCAAGCUUCUGUGGCCUGGGCGACGCACCUGUCGAUUUACAUCCAACAAGACAACGCACGGUCUCAUGUUCAAGUUGAUGACGCCGUCAUGGCUGCUGCUGGUUGGUCAGACGAUUGUCACAACAAUUGACGAGCUGGUGUCUGCUGCGACCGGAGCAUUCAACGAUCUGGAUGGGCGUGUGCUGGACAAGACGUUCAUGGUGCUUCAAAAGGUAUUGGAGGAAUCGUUGAAGAUCGGUGGCGACAAUGCGUACAAGUUGCCCCAUUUGCACAAAGACAAGCUCGCCAGACAGGGUCCACAAAAUCCUCAGCUGGCUUGUGAUCCUGAGGUUAUGAGUGUCAUCGAUGAGAUGAAUAGUAGAAAGGAAUUUGAGCGUCGAGUAGAUAAUCUGUCUGGAGUGUUGGCAUCGUGCGCGAUCGAAGGUACAAUCAAUAUGUCAAAUAUUGAUAACCUUUGCGCGAUGGCUCGCGAUAUUGACUUGGUCGAUAACGAUGAAGAGUGA